UCUAACGCAGUUAGCACAGCAUUGUUGACCAUCCCUCGCAACCGGCAGGUAUUGAUAAAAGCAUUGAGAGGGCCAGGAAUGAUUUCGAUGUCUUCCUACAGCCGUUACGGCCCCCGCCCGUCGGAAACGCCGAGGUGGGCGUGGCCACGUGACGUCAUAGAGCAGAGCGCGCGGUCGGAAUUCGGAAAUCCGGCAGCGCUCCAAGGUCCUUGCCAGAUGCCCUGGUCCCAGCCGGUUCAGGAGGGCAUCCGAAUAGCAGGUGGGCUCAGCCUUUUGUUGCUGCCAGUGGUGUCUGGAGGGGUUUGGGAUCAGCCCACAGGUCCUGGCUCCCCAGGAGAAAGAGUGAUCAAGUGAAGGAAUGAGGGGAGAAAGAGGAGAUUCUUGGAGUUGGAUAUCAUCAUUUCUGAGGACAUCUUUAACUGGACACCAAAAUUUCUGUCUCUAAGAAUUACAUGGCAGAUGCAGAAGAAACAAAAGACAGAAUCCAUGUUACUCACUAUUUCCUGAGCGUAGAAGAAGAUGAUCAAGGUCCAGGAAUUGCUGACACUGGAGGAUGUGGCUGUGGAGUUCAACUGGGAGGAGUGGCAGCUCCUGGAUCCUGCUCAGAAAGACUUAUACCGGGAUGUGAUGUUGGAGAACUUUAACAAUUUGGUGUCAUUGGGGUAUCAAGCUACCAAAUCAGAUACACUCUCCAAGUUGGAACAUGGAAAAGAACCAUGCAUAACAGAAAACGAAAUCCAGAAUAGAACCCGUCCAGGAAUUGGGAAAGUUGACAGUCAUCUGCCAGAGCACUCUCAAGACCAAAGAUUUCCAAAGAGCCUGCAACAAUGCAGUGAACAGAAUGCAUUUAGAAAGAGUAUUCAUCUGAGCAAAACACGUUUAGCCCUAAUACAAAAUCAUACAUUUGACUUAUGUAGAAAAGCUUGGAAAUCAAGCUUAAGUUUAGUUAACCAAAAGAGAAGAUAUGAAAUAAAGAACCCUGUGGAGUUUAAUGGAGAUAAGAAAUUCUUUCUACAUGGUGAUUGUGAACAGUUGUAUUCUGGAAUUGAAUUUCCUGAAAGUAUAAAACACAUCAUUGCUAAGUUCCAAGUCCUUAAGCAUCAGAGGACUCACAAAAUAGAGAAAUCCCAGGCCUGCACUGAAAGUGAGAAAACAUGCAUCGGGAAAUCUCAGCUUAUUUCUCAUGAGAGCAUUCAUAUAGGAGACAAACUCCAUCGGUGUGAUCUGUGUGAGAAAUCCUUCUCCAGAAAUGUCACGUUCACUAAACAUCAGAAAACUCAAACACAAGACAAACCCCAUUUAACCAGUGAAUGCAGAAAAGUCUCUACUGUGAAGAGCAGUCCCACUGUACAUCAGCAAACCCAAACAGGAGAGAAAUCCUAUAUAUGCAGUGAGUGUGGAAAAGGCUUCACAGUGAGGCGCUAUCUGAUUGCACAUCAGCGAACUCACAGUGGAGAGAAACCUUAUGUGUGCAGUGAAUGUGGGAAAGGCUUCACCGUGAAGAGCAAUCUCAUUGUGCACCAGCGCACUCACACAGGGGAGAAACCCUAUGUAUGCAGCGAGUGUGCGAAAGGCUUCACUAUGAAGCGCUAUCUUGUUGUGCACCAGCGAACUCAUACUGGAGAGAAACCAUAUUUGUGCAGUGAAUGUGGGAAAGGCUUCACCGUGAAGAGUAAUCUCAUCGUACAUCAGCGAUCUCAUACAGGGGAGAAAUCUUACAUAUGCAGUGAAUGUGGGAAAGGCUUCACUGUGAAACGCACUCUCAUUAUACAUCAGCGAACUCACACGGGAGAGAAAUCUUACCUAUGUAACGAAUGCGGAAAAGGCUUCACCACAAAGCGCACUCUUGUUAUACAUCAGCGAACUCACACAGGAGAGAAACCCUAUGAAUGCAGUGAGUGUGGAAAAGCCUUCAGCCAGAAGAUAUGCCUCAUACAACAUGAGAGGUGUCAUACAGGAAAGACGCCCUUUGUAUGUACUGAGUGUGGAAAAUCCUAUUCCCACAAGUAUGGUCUCAUUACCCAUCAGAGAAUUCACACAGGAGAGAAACCCUAUGAGUGCAAUGAAUGCGGAAAAGCCUUCACCACGAAGUCAGUACUCAAUGUACAUCAAAGAACUCACACAGGAGAAAGACCAUAUGGAUGCAGUGAUUGUGAGAAAGCCUUCUCCCACUUGUCAAACCUUGUUAAACAUAAGAAAAUGCACAUAAGAGAAAUAGUAGAUUCGGUCAAGUUGGAAAUUCCUUUAACAGAGAGGCACAGCUCAUUACUUACGAUUGAACAAGAGCCCCGUUAAUGCAGUGACUGGGGAAAUGCCUUCUGUGGCAGCUAAGACUUUGUUUAAACACCAGUGUUUCUAGCAGAGCAGAACGUAAUCAUGGUACUGCCUGUUAUCAGAUGUGUGCCCUGAGGAGAUGAAAGGAUUUGUGCAGGAGAUAAACCUGGUGAAUAUAUUGAAUGUGGUAGUGCCUUUGGUGAUCCUUACCUCACAUUUUCUGUCAAUGAAAACAUGUUGGAAAAACUCUGAUACACUCAUUGUGGAGAUGCCUUGGGCGAAACUUUCUGACUUCAUUAUAUGUCUGAAAAGUAUAUACCCUGUAUUCUCCGACAAAUUCUGUGAAUGCAGAGACUAGGAAAGUCUUCAGUGGGAAGACAGACUUUAUUAUCAGGGAUCUUCAUUGAUCAUCAGUGAGCUCAUUGUUCAUAGAAAUAUGAUUUUUUUAAAAAAAAGGAAAUGUGAUGACCACGGGAAUGUCUUUCCCCCAGAAAGAAGACCUCAAUGAGUGUCAGAGUUCACACUGGAGAAAAACUUUUAAGAGGAUAGUGUAUAUGGCAGAAUUUCAGUGAUACAUUCUGCCUCAUCAUUUGUCAGGAAAUCAUAUAGAAAUUAAAACCUUUAUGAACAUGCUAAAGGUAGAGCAUCUUUAGUCAAAUAUCAGAGGAUUUAAAAAGGAACGAAGUCCUGUGCAAGUGAUAAAUGUUUGAGUGCUUUUUGUUACAACUCUAACCUCAUCAUAUAUCAGAUAAUGCACCUGAAUCUCCUUUCUGGUUGCCUUGUCAGUAAUUCCAUAGUUUUAAAAAGAAGUCUGCUUUUCUCAUCACUGAUUUUUAUUGUUAUAUACGAUGCAAGAGUGUUCUAGGCUUACCCUCAUAUGUGAUUAGCUCUUACUUUUCUUCGGCUAUAAACAUAAUUGUAAAUUUAACAUACUGAACUUUAAAAGGAAACUGAAUAUGAACAUGUACUUGCACUUGCUUAACUCAGUUUAUAAAUAUGACCAAAUAUUUUACAAAACCACCUUCAAAGUUUUUAUAAAAUUUAUAAUUUGAAAUCAUUUUAACUUAUAAGAAAAUGCAAAAGUAGUCCAGAUUCCCUAGUAUCCUUUCUGCACCUUCUUCCAGUAAAAACAUUUUAUGUAACCAUAUUUUAUUAUCGAACCCAGGAAAAUGACAUUGGUAGUAUACUGUUAACGUCUAAUCUUUGGAAUUUAGAUUUCACUAGAUUUUACAUGAAUUUUUUAAUCAUUUUUUUUGUAAUUCUAAGGUGUUUUAUUACAUAUAUAGAUUUCAUUGUAACCGUCAUCCCCAGGACGUACAACUGUUUAAUCAACACAGACACCCUCAUGCUACCUUUUUAUGCUCACAUCCUCUAUCCAAACCUACCUCUGGCAACCACUUGUCUGUUUUCCAUCAAUAUAAUUUUGUCAUUUAUGAAUGUUAUCAAAAUAAUUUUUAUAACUGGAUUUUAUAUAAAUAAGUUGUAUUUAUUUAUACAAAUUUACAAUUUCUUAUUAAUGAGGGACAUGUAAGCUUUUUGGUUUUUUUGCCCCUCAGCAAAUUGCUCUUAAGACUUAUUUGAGUUGUAUUGUUUUAUUUUUAUUAGUGAGUAGUAUACAUACUGGAUGUAUUAGUUUGUUUAUCCAUUCACUCUUCAAAGAAGUUUGUAUUGUUUCCUGGUUUCAACUGUUAUAGGGAAAGAUGCUGUAAAUCGGCAUCCAGGGUUUUGUGUGAACAUAAAUUUUCAUUCCUCUAUAAUAAAUAUUCAGGUAUGUGCUUAUUAGGACAUAUGGUAAGUUGUGUUUAGCUUUAAAAGAAACUACCAAACUCUCUUCCAGAGUGGCUAUACCAUUCGACAUUCUCACCAGCAGUGUAUGAAAUCCACUUGUUCCACAUCCUCUCCAGCAUUUGGUAUUUUCAGUAUAUUUUAUUUUAGCCACUCUACUAGCAAUAGAUGAGAGAUUCAAUUGCUCUUCAUCCUCACCAGCACUUGGUAUUGUCCUAGCUUACAUUACUCAUUCUAUUAGGUUUGUGGUCAUAUCUGAUCUUGAGCUUAACCUGCAUUUCCCUCAUGGCUAACAACCCUGUUAUUGUU